AUGCCAUUACUUCGUGCUAGCGAUCAUAUGUGCAUUGAAAUGAAGGAUGAUAGGUUCUUAGACACGGCUAUCAUCAAAGGGAAUGCCGUGGUGGAAACACAUAAACGCAUUAGAAAAGAGAGAGCAAAAGAUUUGUACUCCAGAAAUCCACAAUUAAAGGAUAUUCAGGGCGCUGAGGACUUCAUUGCCACUACUCGGAAAGACGAGAACACAAGUGAAAUAACAUUCGUCAGACCUAUUCACGUCCCCUUACACAGGGCGGUUGUGCUUUUUCGCAGCGCUUGUCACUUGUGCGGCGGGGGUGGGGGCUGCGGGCGGCUGGGACCGACACUGCGGGCGUCGGGAUCUGGCGUCCGGGCGCCGCGUUGCCAUGACAACGACACCAGCCCUCCUCUCGCCCCCCCUCCCACAGCCACCGACCCUUCCCCCCCAAACACCCCCACCCGAAACCACCCUUAUAAACAACGACACACGGCCCACGAUUGCUCACUUAUAUACCAACGUUACAUAAGACACGGACAAAAGAGCAUUUACGAUACACCAACUGUAGACGUAGAAGACUGUUACGUCACACUUUCCAAAAAAAGAAAAGAAAUUCUGGACGACUCUAAAGAAUCUGAUCGAAUAGUUGGAAAUGAAAAGAAAUUGAAACUAGAUGUAUCUGAAGCUGUGGUCGGCGUUGUAACCGAAUCACACUGUGAGAAUCAAAUGACAGUAACCAAAGACGUACAAUGUAACAGCAGUAGUUUGGGUGAUGGUUUCAGUGAUAAGGAGAUGCUAGAGAACCUCCAAGUGCAAGUAUCGAUGAUGGUUGAUUGCAGUCUUCCCAUUAUAUACUACGGAGCCAGAACACACAAACAGCUGGAACAAGUGGUCCAAGAAUUCUCAAAGACUGUUUACGCUGAGAACGCAUUAAUGACUAUACUAUCGAGCAGAGAGCACAGCUGUAUUAAAGACUUUGAUAGCAGCAGAUGGCCGUCGAAAAACGACAUGUGCCGAGGCUGCACCAAGAACCAGAAUAGCAGUGAUAGCGAAACAAGCUGCGUUUACUACGACAACCACAAAAUACUCAAGCACAGUACAUUGCCAAAAGCUUUUAGUCUAGACACUCUGGUUUCUGUGGGUAGAAAGAAAAAAGCGUGCCCCUACUACGCAGCAAGAAAAAUGGCUUCAGUUGCCCACAUCGUGUUCUGCCCUUACAGCUACUUGAUUGAACCUGCGAUUAGGAAAAGUAUGCAAAUAAAUCUUGAGAACAAUGUCGUCAUAAUAGACGAAGGUCAUAAUAUAGAGGAUAUGUGCCGUGAGGCGGCUAGCUUCACAUUCACUAAGUUACAAAUGGAAAAUGCACUUAAGGAGAUGAAAGCGGCGUCCAGCUUCCGUUUCGCAAACAACGAUGCCAUAGACUACAUAACGUACUUACAAACAUCUCUAGAAGAAUGGUGUUUAUGGUUUGCAAAUCAGAAGCCGUUGUUAGACAACCAACCUAGAAACGAAGCUGUGUCGGAAUACGCUUGGGACGUUGAUCGGUUCGUAGAAACUCUGAACAAUCACAAUAUAGGCCAAACACAAUAUCCUGAAUUCAACAAACACGCUGGUAUAUUCUGUAAGAAGUUUCGUGAUGAUCCUCGCCUCCUUGUUGGAAUCACUCAAAGUACAAACACCGUCAUAGAAAACUUAGACACAGUCCUGGGUUAUUUGUUUCGUAAUUCCGGUACAUGCAUGGACGACUACAAACCCAUUUUGGUGCGCAAAAUAGAAACAUAUGACGCCAACUACAACCAAAAUUGGAGGAAAUCUAAUUUUGAACAGAAAGUUCUACCCGAGUCCAUAUCAUUGACUCUAUGCUGUUUAAACCCAGCGGUGUUAUUUUCUUCGGUGUUAUCAUCACGUUGUGUGGUCCUCGCUUCUGGUACACUCACACCUAUGACCAGUUUACACUCGGAACUCGGCACGCGGUUCACACACACCGUGAGCCCGCCACACGUCAUACCUAGGGAUCGAGUGUGGGUAGGAUCACUCAAGUCUGGUAAGUCGGGAGAGCAGAUAUGUUGCACCAGUAAGUAUACGAGCAUAUCAAACGUACAAGACGACUUGGGUGAGGCGGUGUACGAUGUGUGUGACGUCACGCCGCACGGUGUACUUUGCUUCCUACCCUCCUACCGUGUAAUGAACCUGCUUCUUAAAAGGUGGCGUAGUUCGCGUUUAUUGGAGAGAUUGAAGGCAAAGAAACAUGUCUUCAUUGAGAGUAAUAACAUGAAGACUCACAUGCAAAUAAUGAAGGAAUUCGAUAAUUGCGUGGGAACAGAUAGAGGGGCGUUACUACUGGCUGUGUACCGCGGUAAGGUAGCUGAAGGCAUGGACUUCAAAGAUCACCAGGCUAGAGCUGUUAUAGCUGUAGGUGUUCCAUACCCCAAUAAAGACACGGCUGUAGAUGAAAAAAUGAAGUACAACGACAAAUAUUCGAAAAAAAGGAAUCUGUUGAAUGGACGGGAAUGGUUGAAAAUACAGGCUUAUAGGGCUUUGAACCAAGCCGUGGGCAGGGUUGUACGUCAUAUCGGCGACUGGGGCGGAGUCCUACUGGUUGAUUCUCGUUACCAAGAACCAGAGUACAGUGAGCAUCUUGCUAAGUGGGUCAAGGAAAUUUUAGGUGAAAACCACCACGACUUCAACUCUUUGUUCACAAGCGACGCCGGUUUAAGAGCGUUCAUGGAAAGAAUGAAGAAUGAAGACAUAUGA